GACCGGCGAUUCGUGCGAUAAUGCGAAGAUUGACUGGAGAUGGCUGAACCCGUUCUCGGUAUUUAAAAAACAUUGAUUAUUCUUGGCUAUCGACUGGCAAGCGACGAAGAAAAUGCUGUCGGGGAUGGAGCACGGACCAAGUGCAACGGUACUAACGCCGCACAAUACCAAUUCACACGCGCCGCAGGAUUUUACAGUUUCGCGAUUACUCGCAACACCGAGUACGAGCCUAGACUGCAGCGAGAACUCGACGUCGAACGGCAGCAGAAGGCCGAGGCGGAGUCGCACGACGUUCUCGGCACAGCAGCUGGCCGCCCUGGAGAGGGUCUUCGAGAGGACGCAUUACCCGGAUGCGUUCGUGAGGGAGGAGCUGGCGACGAGGGUCGCACUCUCGGAAGCACGAGUGCAGGUACGAACGGGUAUGAGGUAUGGUGGUCGUAGGCUCGGUCGUAGGCCUCAGGUCGCGGCGUCGAGUACGCGGCGCUCAGCCAAGGAGAGCUCAUCUACCUCCUCCGGUGCGAGCCGUGCAGAAAUAAAUUUUCACGCCCGUACUUGUCACGAGCCUAAAAUCAAUGCUGACGUUAAUUCAUGA